AGCUAUAAUACGUGAGGGAGAUGUCUACUGCUGUCGUCAUAUCGGUCAACUACGGACCUCUACUGCUCAUCUUCUCGGUCAUACUCGUCUCUAAACUACUCCGCAGUGUUCUAACCCAGCUCUCCUCCUGGGCUCUGCGGCAUGUGGUGCCACUACCUGCAUGUUUGGGGCGGACAAGAAGUGAACUGGCCCACCUGAAGAGGGAAAUUGCAGCUGUGAGCAUCGCUGAUGAUUUCGCGGUACAUUCGAGACUGAAACGACAGCAGAUCACCAAGGAGACAGAGCUGAGUAUGAUUGAGGGGGAAUAUCGAAACACUAUUCUCAAGAAACAGGCUUUAGUGGAAGCACUGGCAACUAUUUUGCUGGUAAUUCUACUCUUGGAGUUGCUACCGAUUAUGGUGGUAAUUUACUGGAGGAGUGUGCCAGUUGUUGUACUGCCUGAACACACCAUGUGGCCCCUCGGUGGGGUGGUCCGGUUCCCAACCCAGACGGCAGGUGGUGUGGGUUCUCCGAUAUGGGCACUGUGUUCCCGGCAAGGCCUGCGAGCUCUUGCUACCUUACUCUCUAAAAAAUGACACUGCCAAUCAAUAGCCAAUUUCCUUCGCUUCCAGUUUGAAAUGUUAUUUGAACUAUACAAUAUGUGGACUGAGGAAGAACACUUUCGUCUCUCAGUCUCACUUCCUCCAAAAAUAAAGCAGGUUUUCGUUCCCUGCUCUCAUCCUCAUGUCGUGCAUAAUAUCGUCGUCGUACAUUUGAAUAUGUGUUAUGGUACAGAGGACGUUGGUGUUGAUGUGAGUUCUACUAUAAUAUACAACAGAAUGAGAAUACAAAAAUUAGAAGAGGGCUAGGCUGCUACAAAAGAGGCACGGGGUGAGUGAGGUGUGCAGCUAGGGGCAAAACGCCACUAGUUUUGUGGGUCAACUCAAGGGUCAGGGGUCAGGGGUGUACGAACUAUCGGAGGAAUCCCCUUGUUCUUUGCCGGGCAGCUGCACAGUAGACGGAGCCGCCCGGCGUUCCUUCUCCUGCAGAACUCCGUUUCUUGACACGAGGGACGCAAUGUUUCCCCCCGCUUCCCCAUCACUGCUCGAUGCUUCAAACGAGACCAGAUGGAACUCUGGCACUGGCUCCGUCUCGGUUGCUUUCUUCCGCCGUGGUGCAGGGUCCUCUUUCGGCUUUUCCACUUUCUUUGGCCGACCCCUCUUUCGUUUCGGUGGCUGUGUUGGAGCUUCUUUGGUCUGUGGUGGAUCUACUUUGGCCUGUUUCGCAGGCGACGGUCCAUUGGUAUCACGGACAGUGUUCUUUUUCGGUCGACCCCUCUUUCGCUUCGGUGGUUGUUCGGUUUGACCAUCCAUAGUCUCUUUUGGUACAUCCACAGUGGUCUUUGUCUCUUUUGGCACGUCCACAGUGGUCUUGGUCUCUUUUGGCACGUCCACAGUGGUCUUGGUCUCUUUUGGCACAUCCACAGUGGUCUUGGUCUUGGUCUCUGUGGCAACAACCUUCUUUGGUCGACCUCUCUUCCUCUUUACGGGAGGAGUGUCACUAGCUUUAGCAACUGACUGUUUGUCCUGUGCGUUUGUGGCAGCUGGUUUCUGGGCGCCGUCUGUACCCUCGGUUUUCGCCUCCAUCUUCUUCGGCGGUGCGGCAGCAGCCACAGCUGGCACCUUCUUGGGUCGCCCCCUCUUUCUUUUCACAGGGCUCGGCGGAGCCUCGCUUGGCGCCUGCUGCGGUGGAGCCUCGGAGCUAGCUGCCGUCUCCCUGGCUUGCCUUCUCGCUGUUCUUUUAGUGUUAACGUCUGUGGCGGCCGCGGCUUCGGGUUCGGGGAGUUGUUCGCCAGCUGGCACUGGGUUCUUCUUCGGCCUCCCGCGACCUCUCUUAGGGGUGUUCUGGUCUGGCGGUGAGUGCUUCCUCGGCCUGCCCCGUCCUCUCUUUGGCUUGCUGGGCUCCUUGGGCGGUUUUGGCGCGUUUUCUUUCUCGCUCGGAGCCGAAGCCGCGGGCGCUUUCGGCCUGCUGGCAAAGGGAUCUUCAAGGUGAGCGAGGGAGGAGAAAGAGUCGGAAUCCACCACGGGAGAGGCGACGGGCGAGUCGAGAUGCGCCAUUUUUUGCCACACCAAAAGAAACGAGCGCGAGAGUUGCUAGUCUAUAUACGCUAAAAUAAUACACGUGUAUAGGGAAUGGGCGUGGUUUAAUUCAAAAUGCCAUCUCUCCUAAGUACUACAGUACUAGUUCUUCGAUGUCGUCUGGUUCAGAAAUAACAGCUCCUGGCAUGACGUCAUGACUUCUCAUAGCUGUAGUGUCCACCUUGGGUCGCCGCGGUAGCAAACCACCUCUGCUAAUUGAAGGGGAGGCCUCAGGAAUAAAGUGUUCGGUUGUAAUCACUUCUGCUAGAGGUGGGUGUGGCUUAUGGUUGGGGGUGGAGUCUGUGUAAUUGGGUCUAGUAGCUCUGCGACCGAAUGAAGGAUUAUACCCAGUUUUCCUCUCUUCUCCUUGAGUCAGAGCCUUCCCCGGUUCCGUCAGAAAUGUGUU